AUGGAGACCAUUAUUUGCGCCAUAUCUGUUGCACUUUAUGUUCUUGACCUAAAGAUCAAAUCCGAUAUAAGAGCCAUCGAGGUUUGCCUUAAAUCCCUUCUGGCAAUUACAUGGGCUGCGUGUUGGGUCUUAUGGCGCAGAGGAUCGAGCUUUUGUCUAGCCUGGAUAUGCCUUGCCACUGCACUUAUUGAGGGAUACCUCAUACUGCGCGCACAUGAUAAUGCAGCCUCGAACCGCCGGCCUUCCGUCUUCGUUGGAUUUGCUAUCGUUUUUGUUUUCAAAAGUACUUCGCGAAUCUUCAAAUACGGAGCUGAACUGAAGUUGGCAUGGAUGAACAUAAGAAAGCUCUCUACUUUUGUGGAGCUUGUUCCUCUCAAAGACCGCAAGUCGCAGUUCUGGUUUGCAGUUCGCAUUGUUUGCUGUUUCGGGAACUGUAUUCUUCGCUUUUGGAUUCCUCGACAAAUAUCAGUUUUCAUGGAAAGCUUAUCAGCAGAGAACAGCAGUUCUAGUCUGAAAAUAUGGGCUCUCCUAGACAUUAUUUUGAAGUUGGGAUCAUUCUCCCUCACAGAAUUUGCGACAGCAAAUAAUGUUUAUUUCUGGACACGCAAAAUCCAGGUUACCACAUUACGACAUACCUUGAGCCUUCCUUUGGAUAUCAAUCCUCCGCCAGAUUUGCCAAAAAGGAAGAGUCCAAUACAUAAAGCUGAAAUGGUUGCACGGCUCUUCGAUAGUUUUCUUUUUCGACUUCUACCUCCCCUGGUUGAAUUGGUGGUUGCGUACAUCAUCAUCUGGAGUAAAUUCGGGUUAUUGAUCUCCCUUAUAACACUCUUGGGAUGCUUACUUUAUAUCAAUUUCGAUACAACUACGGCAGAAGAGAGUGCAAAGGAAGACCUGAUAAUAGUGGCAGCAGGCGAGAGACACGAAAGAGCUACUUCCCUAGCCUUAACUCAUCCUCUUCUGAUGAAUGCUUAUAACGCAGUGUCUUACCAUUGUGCUAUUUUUGAAAACUCUCUUAUUGAAUGGCAUAAGGUCUCAUGCGAUCAUCACGUGGCCCAAAUAUUCAAAGUUUUAUACCGCAAACCGAUACUGGAGCUAUCCUUUUUCUGGGUGAUCAUGAUGCUCCACCAGCUCGGAGCAUCGGGAGAAGAUAUUACCUUUUUGACCUUCUUCUGGGGAGCAACUAUUGAGAGGAUUUUACCUGUGCUUGGUGGGCAAUUCAAAGGCGUGGUUAAGCUUUGCCUGCAAUUCAAUGACUUUUACAAAAUACUGGAAAAGCCAAUCAUCAAGGAUAAAAAGGAUGCUCAGCCACUUUCUACAGGCCAGAUCGUGUUUAAAAACGUAAAGUUCUCUUAUGAUGAGAAGGCUCUUUUAAAAGGCAUCAAUUUCACGACAAAGCCUGGUCAGUUUGUCGCAUUGAUGGGGCUGAGCGGCUCUGGGAAGUCCACAUUAUUGAAGCUCCUUACCAGACUGUAUAAUCCUUUAUCAGGCUCGAUUGAAAUUUCAGGUGUCGAUAUUAUGGAUAUAACCUUGGACUCGCUGCGCAAGGCCAUAGCGUUUGCACCAUCAAGGGACGAUCUGUUUGAUGAACUGUCGAUAAUGGAGAACUUACAAUACCCCCAGCUGGACCCUGAACAAGGAAUUGCGGAUGGUGCUAUCUUUGAAGCAUGCCGUCGUUCAAUGAUUCACGAAAGCAUUUGUGCUUUGCCAAACGGGUACAAAACUAUAAUCGGGAGUUUAUCUGAUGGACAGCGGCGCCGCGUCGGGGUCGCACGAGCUAUUGCAAGAGUCAUAGCCAUGGGUGCUUCCAUUCUUGUGCUUGAUGAGCCAACCAGUAAUCUGGAUCCUGAAACUGCAGCAAAUAUCCUCCGCCAGCUGCAAAAAUUGGACUGCACUGUAAUCAUAUCUGUAACCCAGGUUGAGACUGCUCAAUAUGCGAAGAAAAUUUUCGUCUUAGAUGAUGGAACGAUUGAUGAAUUUGGAUCACACUAUGACUUGAUAUCAAAAAAGGGGAGGUACUGGGACUUUUGCCAGCAAGGCUCUAAGGCUGAAAAUAUCAAUUACAAUGAUGUGAGGUGA